GGUGCAGCUCCACAUUUUGCAGCCAUUGAACUUUGGUGCGUCUGGGCCGAUCCCUCUUUGCAACUUUCAACCCUUCACAGCAAGUCAAGUUCAAUACAGCCAAGAUGGUCAAGAAGAGAAAGAACAACGGUCGCAACAAGAAGGGCCGCGGCCACGUCAAGCCCAUCCGCUGCAGCAACUGCUCUCGCUGCACGCCCAAGGAUAAGGCAAUCAAGCGCUUCACCAUCCGCAACAUGGUUGAGUCUGCUGCUAUUCGUGACAUCUCGGACGCCUCGGUCUUUGCCGAGUACACCGUACCCAAGAUGUACCUGAAGCUGCAGUACUGUGUCUCUUGCGCCAUUCAUGGCAAGAUUGUCCGUGUUCGCUCGACCACUGGCCGCCGCAACCGUGCCCCUCCUCCUCGCGUCCGCUACAACAAGGACGGCAAGAAGAUUGUCCCUAACGCCCCCAAGGCUUAAGCGAUGGUUGUCUUCCUGCAUGGCUGGUGUUCGAUGUGAUGAGUUACGACUGGGUCUCUUGGGAAAUAGGGGCACAUCAAACAGUGUGCGUUUGGCGCGUAAAAUGAAACAUGGUACAUCCA